AUGUUGAUCACAUGGUUAAUUAAGUGCACACGAAAUGCAAAACGGAAAGGAACUCCGAAUUCCACAUCCGAAGAAGAAACAGUUCCAAUGAAAACAUUCAAUCCACAUCCGAACAAUAUAUCGUCCACUUGUUUAUUUGUGUCACUCUUGGCAUCAGCAAGCAAGGUAAUUACUUGUCAGCAUGGAUAUAUGCGGCAUAGUGUAGAGGUAGUCUGCGAAAAUCGCGGAAACUGUAUUUAUAACUACAACGAGGAAGUUCUAUUCAAUAGAAUCAACUCCAAUCUUUGUAUUCGACUUAAUCAUGCUAACAAAACUAUCGGACUUAUAAAGAUACAUUCGAGACCAAUGAAACUGUCCUGUUUCAAAGUUUCAUUAUUCUUCACUAGAGAGACGAAACACAAGAUCUACCACAGGACAAGAUGCUCGCAAAUGGGCUCUGGCACUCAGUCGAAGUGCAGUAGAAUUAAGCUGGACGAAAUAAUUUCUGAGUUCGAAAGAUCAUCUCUACAUUCAGGAUACUCAAUUUGUGGUAACACAUGCGGCGGUAUAGCAUGCGGUUGCUUCCUACCAUUUCCAGCAUGCACGUUUUUAAGAAUUGCCCAUGUUCCGAAGAAGACACAGACUGUCUUUGAAGUAGUAAGUUGCAUGGAAUGGCAACCAGUAAUCCAAAUUGAUGUUGAUUUAAUGCUUUAUAAUAAAGGAAAGCUGAAAUCCUUCAGUUUACAACCUUAUGUCACACAAAAGUAUGAUGAAUUGUCGUCGACAGUUAUUUUUUUGCAAAAACCUCAUUCUCCAUUGAUGGACAAAAGAUUCGCUGUAACCCCAAUGGAGGCUAUUAUGCUACCAGAUCAAUAUCAACUUCCCGUUGAAUGCGAGUCGAAAGCAUUUGCUCUCGAUGCCUUUGUGAACUGCACAAAUCGCAUGAUCUGUUCUUGCGAAAAUAUGAAAGCACCGCAAACAUGUCAGUGUCCACAUGAUUCACUCUAA